AUGUCAGACGAAGACACGUUUGGAGAUCAGAUAACUGUGUUUGCAGCUUCUAACCUCUUUAAUGUGGACGUUCUUGUUAUAUCGUCACUUGGAGCUGGAGCCCAACAUGUUUUUCAUUCUUCAUCUGGAGCUCCAGUUACCACGCUUUAUCUUGGUCACUUUGCUGAGAACCAAGGUGAGCAUUAUGUAAGUAUUGCACCGGCAUUGGAUUUUCACUACGCAGAUAAUGAUUUAAACACUGUAUCCGACGGUGGAAACAAUGAUGACCCUGUAUCUGACGGUGGAAACAAUGAUGACCCUGUAUCUUACGGUGGAAACAAUGAUGACACUGGAUUUGACGUGAACAACAAUGAUGACACUGGAUUUGACGUGAACAACAAUGAUGACACUGGAUUUGACGUGAACAACAAUGAUGACACUGGAUUUGACGUGAACAACAAUGAUGACCCUGGAUUUGACGUGAACAACAAUGAUGACACUGGAUCUGACGAUGCUAACAAUGAUGAUCAUGGAUUUGACGUGAACAACACCGAUAACUCUGGAUCASACGAUGACAACAAUGAUGACACUGGAUCUGACGAUGGCAAAAAUGAUGACCCUGGAUUUGAUGUGAACAACAAUGAUGACCCUGGAUUUGACGUGAGCAACAAUGAUGACCCUAGAUCUGACGAUGGUAACAAUGAUAACACUGGAUCUGACGAUGGUAACAAUGAUGACCCUGGAUCUGGCGAUGGUAACAAUGAUGACCCUGGAUCUGACGAUGGUAACAAUGAUGACCCUGGAUCUGACGUGAACAACGAUGUAAUACAUACUGAUGAUGAUAGUCCUCAGUUUUUAAACAAUGAUGUUUCAGAAAUUAUUGCUAGGAUUACGUUGUUGGCUUUUCCAUUUAUGCGAGCAUCUCUGAGAUCCGUGAACAGCCUAUUCAAAUCAGUUGUCGACAAAGAGCCAUGUCCUCUAGUGUAUUUGCCUGAGUUUGCAGGACGAGCCACUGUCAUAAGUGUUUGA